AGGGCAGCUGAAGUAAAACUCUAGAUAAUGAAUGUAAUCACUGCACCACAACAAAUGAUUUCCUCACAAGCAACGCCACAUGUUGAUGUUGGCGUUCCAUAUUUUUGUCAAAAUCACACCUAAAUUAGCCAAUCUAAAACUGUGCCCAGAUACUUUUCACAUUUAUUUCUAUUGAGUCCAGGGUUUUAGUCUAAUGUGGAGCACGGUUGGACCAUGUGUCCUGACACAGGACACAUAGCUUAGUAUUACAGCCAUAGGUUUAGUUUAGUAUGUUGACUGUGGAUGCUGCCAUAACUUCAAGUGCCACAAGGGAGCUUAUAUGCCAAUUCUGAGUCAUUGAUCACUUAAAAGAUUAUGGCAUUGAGCGUCUAAUGAAACAUCAUCUGUCUAUCAAACUGUAUUAAAGGAAGUGUAGGAUCCAGUCAUUUUUGGAGCUUGACCCAUACUAUCGACUAAAAGUCAGGCCUCCGCUGCUUCGAUUUUGACCAUUCAUCAUCAGUCUUACGAGUACCUCAACUAUAUGGAAGUGACAUACAGUUUGCAUUGUUUUGUAAAAUGAAUCAUCUGGACUGGGCUUCAGACAGCUUUUCAUGAAAAUCAGACCACUUGCAGAAAACUGAGGAAGAAUGUAAAAUUUUCGAAAUUGUAAUUAAGUGUUAACUUGGUUAUCCUUAGUGACCUGCAAAGACUGAGUGGAAGAAGAAGUUCAGUUCCUUGCACAAGAUAUAUCUAAAUUGAACCCUUGACCAUCUGACCUUUUCCUGCAGACCACCCACCAAAAUCUAAUGAAAAUAUUGCACAUUCAACUGUGGAGCACCUAAAACUUUAAUUUAAAAAAUAGUAUGAUGUUGACUUUCAUCCGCUGCUCAAAUAUCCACAAAGGAUGUACCAAUAAUAAUACUUGUUACAGAUGCUAUGCUGUUACAUAUUUAAUGCGGUUAACUGGGGAAAUAUGGGAAAUAUUCUACUCAGAAACCAUGAUCUAUAAGUCCAUCUAACCAAGUCCUAUUACUUUAAUUAAGUGUAAUGGCCAAAAGUAAUACUGACUUAGAUUAUAUGUUAAGUACAUGGAAUCUGUUGUUGAGGGGCAGCUUACACAUGAGCUUUGCUACACUCCCCUCUACUGGACCAACGAGGAAACUAGCAGUUCUUUACCAAGCAUCAUUACAGCAACAUAUCCAUGUGUCGUUUGAUUUACUUGUUUAUUGCAACAAUGAUGCCAAUGUCUGCAUUUGCAUGGGUCUGCCAUACAUUUGUAACUUAAAGAAAGCACAAAAUACAUAUUCACAGUCCACAUUUCAUUCCACACUAAGUGCCAACAGUGUCAAUAAUGACAUUUGAGGAAGUAAUUAUAUUUUGAAGCGUGGAGUUUCCAAGAUACACUCAUAUUGUUUUUACCUUUUUAAAAGAAUUGGUCUUGGUGUUAAGAGAUGAUAGUUUAUACAGAUAAUGUUGAAUAUGUUGUAGUAUUCACAUUGUACGGUAAACAAGCAGAUUCUAAUCAACGUGAGGUUAUUUUUUACACUAUUGUUAAACACUGAGGUAAAGAUGGUCCAUUAAUAUGUUGAUUUGACCAAAAAACUGUGACGGGGGGGCUGGUCAAAGUGUGACAGGCAGGUUGUUAUAGCAUUGGGCAGCAUUUUUGUUUUUUUGUGCCAAUAAACAAUUUGGUUUCUAAAGUAGUGCACAUGCAACACAGUGUUCAGUCCUCCACUGAAGGGGGCGCUGUUUCCCCAUUUGGUUUGUGACGCUGUAUACUCUGGCGGAGGUCAAAGGUCGGAACAACACCGGCAGCUUGUGUGAAGUCACCGUUCAGAAACAAACAGCAGAAGGACAAUUAUGAAAAAAAAGCAAUGUCGACAAUAUUUAGAAUGAAUGUGCAUUAACCAGGGUUGUGUUACUGUAUAAAACAAACAGUAAAUUGUUGAGAAAUUCUGCGCUUUUGCAGGUAAGAUGCUUCCAACGACAGAAACUUAUAGCAUGCUAAGUUUGAUGCUAACGCAUAGACUGUAUAAUAUACAGUAUGUGCUAACGUUAAGUGUUAAAGGCUCCUACUAUCGGACAUGAAUGAUAUGAUUUACGUUUCUCUUGUAGCUUUUAUCGACCAAGGCAUGUUAACAGACGACGGAAAUUAAAACCUUAAUGUUGCAUUUCAUGAGCCAUUCUAAUGUUAGGUAGUUAGCUAAAGUUGUGAGAUUUUAGCCUAGCUAACAGCAUUGGAAAGUCAGAUCUGACCUGACACAGCUGUACGAUAUCAAGCUAAUUGAAGGUCAGUUGAAGUCACAUUAUGUGAACACGCUGUACAAGACACCUUCCAACACAUUAGCCGGGCUGCAUGUGACUUUAUUUUCCCGAAUGCCAGCUGAAGCGUGAUGAAUCCAGAGCAGCCCAGAACUGGCUUCGCCCUGCAGAGACGACAGGCAGAUUUAGCCCCUCGGGGCAAACUGAGCACCGGCCUACUGCAGGGCCUCAUCCAGAGUGCCAGGCCUCCUUCCUUCUGCUUCCUGCUCCCCAGGGUCCAUGCAGCUGAUGUGGCUGCUGCCCAGCCUGCACAGAUGCCCUCUUCUUCCUCCUCCACCACCAGUCCUGCUUCUGCACCCAUCCCCUCUCCCAGCAAAAUGCCAAGCAACAUAGGCAAGCCAGAAUUCCCAGACACAGGAUGGGACCGUAUCAAGGAUCUCUUUGACAAAGAUGUGAAACAGAGGUACCCAGAGGAGCUGACCAAUGUGAUAAAGAGCGGUGUAGUUGCAGCGCUAGCAGGCUUGCUCUACGGAGGCCUGCCAGCUGCUCGCCAUGCCAGGCAGAGGUAUAUCCAAGUCAGCCAGGCGGAAGUCUAUACUAGCCGAGUGGAAGCAGUGCGCUCAGCUCAUAAUGCAGCAAUCAGGGGUUUCGUGAGAUAUGGAUGGAGAUGGAGCUGGAGAGUGGCUGCUUUUGUCACCUUGUUCAAUACUGUCAGCACAGGGCUGUCUGUGUACCGAGACAAGUAUUCCCUCAGCCAUUAUGCUGCAGCUGGAGCGGUGACUGGAGGCCUUUUCAGACUAAACCUGGGCCUGGUAGGGCUGGUGGCAGGGACAAUCAUUGGAGCAGUGUUGGGGAUUCCCACUGGUGCUUUGAUCAUUAGCAUGCAGUCGAUAUCAGGAGAAACUGCCAGAGAGAGGAGGCGGCGAGAGCGCAGAGAACUUUACGAGCUCAGACUCUCAGAAUGGAUGGCCCGUCUGCAGUUGACAGAUGAUUUGAUUGGAGAGCUGAAUGUCAGCUCUCAAGCAGAGGAAACCAAUAAGGACAUGCAAAGGAUCCAGGAACUGCUUAGUUUACCACAGAAUGAGGAUUUGACUCAGGACUCACACAGCCAAUGAUCUGUUGGACAUUGAAGGUGGGACUUGACACAACUGGGAGGAUAAAUGGGUCACUUCUUUGCCUGGACUCCACACAUCUUCUUUCUAACUGAAUGAAAACUGCUUUACAUCAGAAUUAAAAGAAACUGUUGUACCUGUCAAUAAUAGAUGUACAAUCUAUAAAAAGGGAUAUGACCUGAUUAAAAAAUCGUUAACCUCAAAGAAACACACUGUCUCCUAUAUUUAAGUAACGUUUCCGUAACUUUCAAAAUCACCUCAGCUCGUGUUUUUAGUGUCAUUGUGUCCUUCAGUAUUGCCUCCUUAAGAAUAAACAAUAAAAAUGGAACAAAAUGCCCCUUUCAUUAAACCCAAACAUUUUCCCAAAACCGCCAAAGUAUAGUAGUUUACCACUUACGCUGGCCUGCCAAGACCUGACCUUUCUUCUCAUAGUAAGUUAUUGUAGUAGUUACUGAUGUUUGCUCAUUAUGUUUAGCACACCCAACUUUUUUGACACCGAACAACAAACUGUAAUUCAUGUCUAUUACAAAAUGGCUUGUUUCUUUUCCCCAUGUCUGUGUUGUGUGUAGUGUGCUUUGCCUCUUGGGCUUUUUAGCAACUAGGUCAAACAUAGCCUUGGUCCCUGGUGUAAACAAGAUGUGACACAGCAACAGCUGGGGCCCAGGAUGCUGCGGUCACUGCUGACAUGCAGAUGGACAGCCAGUAGAAAUGAUGAAGCUAUGAAGCUUUGAACUAUUGCAGGUAGACACUGGCGGUAAGGUUUAGAAUAAUUUAAUUGUCUGUUAGCUGUGUCCCAGCAUCGUUGAGUUACAAAAAUAUUUUUUGUCCGAGUAUAACACCUGUAAAAAUGUCUGUCUGUUGAAUAGCAGUGUUAACCCGUUGCUGAUGCUUUAAAACGGGUUUGCUUAAAUGGACACUAGUCCCAUCCCAUCAUUACCAAGUUGCAGCACUUCCACAUUCUCACUGUAGAGUUUUAGGACAUGUAACUGUAAUGGGAAAAAUUACAUUUAAGCAUAAUUCC